UCCUGUCCAGGUGGUGGCGGUAAUGCGCGAAGUUGGUUGCAAAGCUUUUUUUUAAACCCGAAGAAGUAGAAUAAUUGGCGCGAGUUCGUCUUAUUUGUUAUUGUUUUGUUAGCAACAUUUCUGGAACUUUUGGUUAAAUAGGAACAAAAAUCUCAGUCGCUAAAAUGAGGGAGGAGAAACCCAACCUGCUACUCUCCUUCCACACUGAGAUCAAACAAGAGUCACUGGAUUCUGAUUGUGACAGUAAAGCUCAGUGUUCAUUGGUGGAUUCAGAGAUGACAUCAGUGAAGCAGGAAGACUGCAGUCAAACGCUGGGACUGAAUGUUACCAUCAAAGAUGAAGAGGAGAAGAAUGGAGUGAUCGUUAAAAAGGAAGAGGAGGAUUUACUUAAUCAAGAUAGGAUUCCUGAAGUGGAGACACUUCGAGAGAAACAACAGGAAGAUUACAAUGAUAAGAAGUGUCCCCAUUGUGAAAAACAUUUCUCAUGUCUAUCACUGUUAAAAAGACACGUAAACAUACAUACUGGAGAGAAACCUUACUCCUGUUCUGACUGUGGAAAGUGUUUCUCUCGAUCAAGUAACUUAAAUACUCACCAGCGCAUACAUACUGGAGAGAAACCGUACUCUUGUUCUGACUGCGGGAAGCGUUUCAUUACAUUAUCUCAACUUAAUAGUCAUCAGAGAAUGCACACAGGGCAGAAGCCUUACUCGUGUUGUGACUGUGGGGAGAGUUUCUUUCAGAUAGGUAGCCUUAAAGUUCACCAGCGCAUACAUACUGAAGAGAAACCUUACUCAUGUUCUGACUGUGCGAUGAGUUUCAUUAGACCAUCUGAACUUACUAAACAUCAGAGAGUGCACACAGGUGAUAAGCCUUACUCCUGUUCUGACUGUGGGAAAUGUUUCUGUAAGCCAUCUAACCUUACUAUUCAUCAGAGAAUGCACACAGGUGAUAAGCCUUAUUCCUGUUCUGACUGUGGGAAAGGUUUCUCUCAAUUAGGUAACUUUAAAGCGCAUCAGCGCAUUCAUACUGGAGAGAAACCAUACUCCUGCUCUGACUGUGGGAAAUGUUUCAUUACAUCAUCACAACAUGCCAUUCAUCAGAGAGUGCACACAGGUGAGAAGCCUUCCUCUUGUUCUGUCUGUGGAAAGAGUUUCUCUCAGUCGAAUGACCUUAAAUGUCACCAGCGCAUUCAUACUGGAGAGAAACCUUACUCUUGUUCUGACUGUGGUAAGUGUUUCAUUACAUCAUCUAACCUUACUAUUCAUCAGAGAGUGCACACAGGUGAGAAGCCUUACUCCUGUUCUGACUGUGGGAAGUGUUUCAUUACAUCAUCUAACCUUACUAUUCAUCAGAGAGUGCACACAGGUGAAAUGCCUUACUCCUGUUCUGAAUGUGUGAAGAGUUUCUCUCAAUUAGGUAGCCUUAAAGCUCACCAGCGCAUACAUACUGGAAAGUGGCCUUACUCCUGUUUGGACUGUGAGAAGCGUUUCUCUCGAUUAGGUAACCUUAAAGCUCACCAGCGCGUACAUACUGCAGAUUAAUAUUGAACAUUAGACAGACUUGACAGAGUGGAUAGCCACGUAGAAUUAAGGCAGUUCUGAAGGCGAAAGGGGGUCAAACACAGUAUUAGUAUGGUGUUCCUA